UUUGAACUUUUUAGCAUCUUUAAUAUUGAUGCGACUUUUUACACAAUCUGUUUCAAUCUUGUGCAAUUUGACAGUGUAAGUCUAGGACCGACCAAACAGUGGCUUCUAUUAUCCCUUACUCGGCCAGCAAAAUUUGUCAAUUCGUCAUCUGUUGGAGCUCCACAGCCCUGUCAUUGACGUGAGACUGACAGACGAAAAUAAUCACAACGCCCACCCGUCGUUGUCGUUACAGUAUCUACCUGACUAUAAAGAUCCAGCAGCUGCACUGGCACAAUAAACAAGGGAGUGUUAUCAGCUCCGUAAUGUCAUCGAACCUACUGCUCAGCUUGACCAAAUAAUCUUAAACUGUGUUGAUAAAGCUUCCAUUCUCAGGGCAUUAAAAUGGACAAAGCCAGCAAAGUUAUACGAAGGAGCAGUGUCCGUCUGAAGUCGAUUGGAACUGGCCAUGGCGAGCUGAGCCUUGUCCUCUGUGGUUUGCGAGACAUGAGGGUAGCAGCGAAAAAUUUUUCCCAUGCGCAGACCAUGGCCUCUCAGGACCUCCUGAAGUGGUCCCUCAAGGCGGAAAACCGUGCCAUUCAAGAGACGUUCAUCCAGAUACUGGAACUAUCCACGAUAUGGGAAGAUGUGCAGAAGGAGUUCACCGAGCACCUUCGAGAAUUCCGCAACAGCUUCCAGAUGAUUUACGAAGGUGAACGAGCCGUGGACCACUCCAGGAGCCAGCUGGCUGGGCACGAGACUGCUGAAACGAAUCUAAGGAGAGAUAUUAGAAAGGCGAAUAAAAAAUUCAGCACUGAAGAAGCGCAGCAGUUAGAAGUCAAACUUGCCCAAGCACAGAGGUCCAAGGAACUUGCUCAAAUGGAAGUUGUAGAUAAAGUCCAAGAAAAUGAAGCUGUAAAACUAAUCAGGGUGAAAGAGAGCCUUAUGAAACUAUCUGAAGCGUAUUUGGAGUUGGGAACUAAGUGCAACAUAAUUUUUGACUCUCAUCGAGAGAUUGUCAAACUCAUGCCUGACGUGCAAGACAAAAAUAUACAUGACCUCAAAUAUUCCGGUGCCCAUGCAGCCCAACACGCUGUGAUCCGAGCCAGACAUCGUAUCAACACUUUUAAAGUUGAUCGACCGUCCACAUCCUCCCCAGAACAAAAUUUAUAUGCUCCCUCUACUUCUGGCCUGAUGAGAGACCCUCCUCCUCCCUACAGUCCAACUGGCUCCUCGAACAAUAACUCCUACGACAGCUAUCCUGAUCACAUGAACCCGUUUGAAACACCACCGUCUGCAAGUGGGAUUGGAUUUAGUCGAUAUGGUUUGCCACGGUCUACUUCAGCAUCACGAAAUACAACACAAAGCUCGAUCAACGAAGAGGAAGAGGAAUUGGCUGGAGCUGUUGGAGGCGUCAGACUCAACUGAACUCACGCAUCAAGUGCCUUUGUACAAGUUAACUUUAUACAUUAGCUCUUUUACAAAAUUUUAUAAUUUUGUUUGGCCAAGAAUCUCGGAGAUUACUUUCUUGAUUCUUUGAACGCUUUUUUGAUAAAAUUUUAUGGAAAUUUAUAAAAAAUCAUUUGUCGAAACUAUGACUAUAGCAACGCCAUGACAUGAUGCAUCAAACGGAAUAAAAUUAGAGAAAAAAAUCAAAUUAAAUUAAUCCUUUUUAUUACAAGGAAUGUGACUGAUACAAGUUUGGUUUCCUUAAAUGUACUUGCCUUUUCAAGUGACUAGAUACAAUUACAAAAUAAAAACGAAGCAAAUGAAAA